AUGGACCCUGAUCAGAAUAUUUCCUAUGAAGCGCUGCUUCUUCGCUAUGUCGAACUACGGGACGCGGCCCGUGAUUUGAUCUCUGCCAAUCCAAAGCACUCGCUCAACGUGCACGACACCUAUCUUCGUCUCUGCCAAACCUAUGGAUAUCCGCUUAACAAUCACUACACGGAGUACCUUACUCGAUACGCAAAGGUGCAAGCCGCCAUUGCAACCGGCUCGCAGCAGGGCAUGCUGAACACGGUUCGCCGCCUCGACUUUCUUUCGACAUAUGUUGGAAAGUUUAUGUGGAUACCCAUCUUCGUCACCCUCUCCGAUUGUGUUCUCCUUCACUCACUGUCACUGUCGUGCCAGCAGCUGGACAGUGAUUUAGUGCUUCUCCUCACCCAAAGCCUCUCUCCGCUCGUGCAACUAGCCUCCUUAGACGUGUCUGGGAAUCCGAUCGGUUGUAUCGGUGUGCAGGCUCUCAUACGGCUCGUUCAGUCCUCUCCGACUCUGACGCAGUGCAACAUAUACGGCGCCGCAUCGAUUGUACCUCUGACGAGGCGACUUGAUGCUGUGUUGGCUCGCAAUCGAGAACAUACAUCUCCCUCAGCGGUGGCGAGCCACUGA